CCGAUCCAUUUUAACAAUAGACAUUUAGGGUUUUUCGUUUCGUUGACAUACCGUGUCGGCUUUUCUAUGUGUCUUCCAGUAAUAUUUCCCGCUCGUUCGAGUGUGUAAUUAAAAAUAUUUCUUAUAAAACAGCGACUAAAUUAUCAUCAGAGGAGGUGAAAUGUUAGUGAUACUUCAUGAAUAUUGAUCAUCUAAUGGAAGAUGUUAUAAAUAUUUGACAUAACUCUGUUUAUACGAUUUGUCUAUGGUGGAAAACUGUGAAAUAUUUCUUCUGAAUUAAUGGCAACAUUUGUUUCCAUCAUUGCCUGGAAUAUUUGCUAAAGUCUUUCACAUUCUGUUUGGAGUGGGAGAUAUCUGCAAAGUUGUUUGUAUCAUCUUCAGAUAUUGAUGAAGAUCAGCAAUAGAAAUAUAUAAAAAAGGAAGCAAAAUUAUAUUUUGUGUUUUUAUACCAUAGAACAAUAAUGAAUCCUCAAGAGAUGACAAAAGAAAGAAAAAAGUUAUCACACCAAUGUGAUAUCUGUAAAAAGACAUUUUCUAAUAAGGGAAAUCUCAAUGUUCACAAAUUCAUUCAUGCAGGGGAGAAACAAUAUUACUGUGAUAUUUGUGGAAAAUCAUUCUCUCAGAAAAGUCACCUUACCUCUCACAAAUACAUUCAUACAGGAGAGAAACGGUAUCGCUGUGAUAUUUGUGGAAAGUCAUUCUUUCAGAAGGUUCACCUUACUUCUCACAAAUACAUUCAUACAGGAGAGAAACCAUAUCACUGUGAUAUCUAUGGAAAUUCAUUCUCUGAUAAAUGUCACCUUUCUUCUCACAAAUACAUUCACACAGGUGAGAAACCAUAUCACUGUGAUAUUUGUGGUAAAUCAUUCUCCCAUAAGCACAUCCUUACUUCUCACAUAUCCAUUCAUACAGGAGAGAAACCUUAUCAGUGUGAUAUUUGUGGUAAAUCAUUCUCUGAUAAAAGUAACCUUACUAAACACAAAUACAUUCAUACAGGAGAGAAACCUCAUCAAUGUGAUGUCUGUGGAAUGUCAUUCUCUCAAAAAAGUAACCUUGAUUCUCAUAAAUACAUUCAUACAGGUGAGAAACCAUAUCAGUGUGAUAUUUGUGGUAAAUCAUGCUCUCAAAAAAGUAACCUUGAUUCUCAUAAAUAUAUUCAUACAGGAGAGAAACCUCAUCAAUGUGAUGUCUGUGGAAUGUCAUUCUCUCGAAGACGUUACCUUGAUUCUCACAAACACAUUCAUACAGGAGAGAAACCAUAUCAAUGUCGUAUUUGUGGUAAAUCAUUCUCCCAGAAGCAUAGCCUUACUCAUCACAAAUCCAUUCAUACUGGAGAGAAACUGUAUGUGUGAUAUUUGUGGUAAAUCAUUGUCUUGCUUGCGCUCUUUAACCUCUCAUAAAAACAUUCAUACAGGAGAGAAACCAUAGCACUGUAAUAUCUGCAGUAAAUCAUUCUAAGUCGGAUCUUUUCCUCUUGAACGGCACUUUUCAACACAAUUUCUAGUUAAUUAAACACUUUUAAACUU